GCCCUUGACAUACCUUAAAAACGCGAAUGUGCAACAAUUGCUUCCAAGGUCUGCAGUGCCUGGACGAUCAGCAGCAGCUCCAAAAGUUCAUCGACGGAUUCACUGCGCGUCCCAGGCCUCGCCCAAUCGCUCGCGGUGUUGGAAGCAUCGCCCCGUUUCAGCCCCCGCCGACCAGCCUGACGCCCACGCUGCCGCUUGAGGACUCAGUAGAAAAGGAGCUGAAGCCGGCUGAGCAGCAGGUUUAAAAGUAGCCGCAUCAAAGCGGCGUGCGCGACGGUCGCGGGACCAUCAUCAGCUCUCACGGUUCGCCCCCUGCACCACAAAAAUGCUGGCGUCAUCGCUAGCUCGUAUCGUGCCAGGCUUGGCGCGUGUUGGACUCAGCUCGGCGGGCUCGGCGUCGCUUCGGGGGCAAGCGGGCGAGGCGCUGGCUUGUGCCUUCACCUGCAGCGGCCGGGGCCACGCACCCAGCUUCGCGGGCGCCUGGUUCAGCUCCCUCCCCCACCCGCAGCAGCAGCAGCAGUCCGGGAAGGAAGCUAAGGAAGGGCAGGCUCAGCCACCCGACGUCAGCUCCGCUGGCGCGGCAGCGACUGGCGCGGCUGGGGGCGCCAGUGCCGGGGAGGAGCCGACGCCGGCGCGGCCGGCCGGCCCCGCCAGCCGUCGUGACAAGUCCGCGGCCGCUGAUACCGUGUACGCCAGCAGCAAGGAUGACAACAUGGGCGUGCAGCGCAACUGGUUCAAUGCGCUGUUCUCACAGCUCAACGUAGUCCACCGCACCGGCAUGGUGCCGCACAUGAAGGGCCGCCAGCAGGAGGUCUUCGUGGCUGUGGAGCGGGAGUUUGAGGUGCUGUGGGAGAAGUACAUCAAAGAUAAGAACCUGCAGGGCACCGCGCACCGCGGCAUGCUUUUGUGCUGCCUGGCCAUCGCCACCCACAAGGUGCUGCGCUACGAGAGCGGCGACGACGAGCUGGUCAAGGAGGUGGUGAAGACCAACCUGGGCGGCGUGGCUGUGAGCGUCAUGACGCGUCUCCACAACGCCCGCCUGUGGCUGCUGCUCAAGCUGCUGGCAGAGGACCCCUACAAGCAGGCCAUCCGCUUCUUGCCCACGCUGCAGGGAGACCUGGGCGCCCUAGUGGCGAGCGAGGUGAACACCGGCGAGCAGGAGUCCACGUGGACCACCCGCGCCUGCUCCUUCCACGACGUGCUGGCGGCGGAGGGCGCCACGGAGCUGCUGCCCGAGUUCUGCUGCCAGUACAGCAUGCAGUGGCUGGAGGCCUUUUCGCAGUACGGCGUGCGUGUGGGGUUGGAGCAGAGCCUGGGCUUUGGCGACGAGUGCUGCCAGGUGCGCAUCAGCCGCCCCUUCAACGCCACCACCCCGCCCCCGACUCCGGAGCAGCAGCAGCAGCAGCAGUCGCCGUCUGGAGCGCACACGGGAAAGCAGUAGGACUGAUGACGAGGGGCGGAUGAAGCUGUGGCGGUGUGGGCAAGUAUCGAGGGAACCAUGGGCUUCGAGCGCAGGUUCGAGUCAAGCAGGAGUGGUGUCUUACGGUAGGGUGCAUGGUGGGUAGCAGAGAGCGUGCUACUAGGCGCAGGAUGCCUGAGUGAGGGUCUGAGCGACGUGGGGAAGGGACUGCCAUCAUGCACGUGCGGCCGUGAGCGAGCGCCAUCGCGGUUGUAUUUUUGCAUGGAGCGGUAAACUUGAAUGACAU